AUGAAUAACGAUGACCGUUCUACGGGUGUAAAAAUUGAACAAGAUUUAUCAGAUAGAAAACUAAUUCGGAUUCUCUAUGUUCCACCCUACUAUGAAUGUCAUGUUGAUUUAGCUAUAAAUCGUUUAGUUUUAAGUAAUUCAUCGAUCGAAUAUCGAAUAUUUACAAUUGAUGAAAAAUAUCUCAUCUACGAUGAAUAUGGUCUAUUAAAUUUGAAUCAAAUAUUGAUCAUGUGUCGAGAAUUAAUCAAUGAGCAUAAAAUUCAAUGUGUUCUUUGCGAUAAACAAUUAGGUCAACUAAUUGUAUCUAAAUUAAUCAAUGAAUAUCCCCAAUUAAUUGGUAUGAGUUUUCAAUUAACAUUAAAAUGUUUAAAUAAAUAUUUAAUGAUAAACUUAAUUGAAAAUAUCGAUGAAUGUGUACCAACAUUAUUUGUUGAUUCAACUAUUGAUCGGUCAAUCAAUUUUUGUACUAUAAAAAACUUUUUAAUUAUAAAAAACGUUGGUUUUGUUAAACCAUUAUUUAGUUUAGAUAAACUGUCUAGUUUUAAAUUUCAUUCAUGGGAAACAUAUGAAAAUAUGAUCAAUAAAUAUGAACUAUUUUAUCAACGACACUAUCAACGAGAUACACUGUCAUUAUUUCGAACAUACAUCUCACCAAAACAAUAUCCACAUUUAUUUAAACCUGGUUAUAUCAUUCAACCUUAUUAUGAUCUAUUAACCUAUCCAUAUUGGCGUCAUAUUAUUGCUAGUGCAUGUGUAUUUGAUAACGAUGUUAUCAUGUGGCCAUUGACAGAUGGUUCAUGCGGUUGGCCAUUUUUAGCUGAAAAACCGUUGGGUAUUCUUUCCAUUCUUGUAUGUCCGAGUCAACAAAUAUCCUUAAAACAACAAGAAUUAAUUUAUGUCAAAUUUCGUCAACAUAUUCAAAAAUUACAUCAGUUUCAUUAUGGAUGGAUACAAGCCGAAUAUUUUAUUUCAUGUGAUGAUACUAUUCAUUUAAUAUCAAUACAACCAAAUUAUUCCGUUUAUCUAUGUCAAGCAUACAAUUAUGUUUGUCAAUUUGGUGAUCCAAUUACAUGUAUCGUAAAUUUAUCGUUGAAAAAACGUCCCAAACUACCAAUAUUAAAUGGAAAAAUUGUUUACAUAAAUCGUUUAUGGACAAAUGCUUGUGGACAAUACACAAAAGAUUUAAUUAAUUUUCAUGAAUAUAAACGUUUAAAACGGCUAGGAUUACAAGAAUCGAAAUACAUUUUAUUAAGAUUAAAAGAAAAUGAUCAAAUAUCAAAUGAAAGUGACGAGAUGAAUGAUAGUGAUGGUAUGAUGGAAUUAGGUCUCAUUCAA